UUACAGUGGUGCUGUUGAAAAACACGAUGAAAAUGGCGUGGCAACCGCAGGAGGAAGGACUCAGGCAAAUUUUGACGCUGCUGAAGGAGUCGCAGAGCCCGGACACGGCGACUCAGCGGGCCGUACAACAAAAAUUGGAAGAAUUGAACAAAUUCCCAGAUUUCAACAACUAUCUGAUUUUUGUUCUAACGAAAUUGACAUCAGAAGAUGAACCCACUAGGUCUCUGAGUGGUCUGAUAUUGAAAAACAAUGUAAAGACGUACUUCCAUAAAUUUGUACCAGAGGUCAUAAAUUUCAUUAAGCAAGAAUGUCUGUCAGCUGUCGGAGAUCCAUCACCGCUGAUUCGUGCGACUGUCGGUAUUUUGAUCACUACUGUCGCAUCAAGAGGUGAAUUAACAACUUGGCCAGAAUUGUUACCAGCGUUGUGGCAAAUGUUGGACUCACAAGAUUACAAUGUUUGCGAGGGUGCAUUUGGCGCUCUCCAGAAGAUUUGCGAGGAUUCGGCAGAGAUAUUAGAUUCGGAUGCUCUAAAUCGACCCUUGAACAUUCUGAUUCCAAAGUUCCUUCAAUUCUUUAGACAUUCGAGUCCCAAGAUCAGAUCCCACGCGAUAGCAUGCGUCAAUCAGUUCAUCAUUCAACGCACGCAAGCGCUUAUGAUACAUAUAGACAGCUUUUUGGAGAAUCUCUUCCAUUUAGCUUCAGACGAUGAUUCUGAGGUCCGAAAAAACGUAUGCAGGGCACUGGUAAUGCUGCUCGAAGUACGAAUGGACAGACUAAUACCACAUAUGCACAAUAUAAUAGAAUAUAUGUUAAUGAGAACUCAGGAUGUUGACGAGGGAGUGGCAUUGGAGGCUUGUGAGUUUUGGUUAUCACUAGCUGAACAACCAAUUUGCAAAGAGGCACUUGCACCACACCUGACGCGAUUAGUACCUAUCUUGGUGAAAGGUAUGAAAUAUUCGGAAAUUGACAUAAUCCUUCUCAAAGGAGAUGUGGAGGAGGAUGAAAUGAUCCCAGACAGGGAGGAGGAUAUCCGACCACGUUUUCACAAAUCCAAGACGCAUCACUCGCAUCACGCUAACGGCAUGAACAAGCACGCUGAUGAGAACGGAGGUGUAAACGGUGGAUGUGACGAUGAGGAUAUAGACAUUGAAGAUGGUUGCGAUGACGAUUCAACUCUCAGCGAUUGGAACUUAAGGAAGUGCUCUGCCGCUGCGUUAGAUAUGUUGGCUAAUGUUUUUAGGGAAGAGCUUCUACCAGUUUUGGUACCGAUUUUGAAAGAGACUCUUUUCCAUCAGUCUUGGGAGAUCAAAGAAUCUGGUAUCUUGGCAUUAGGAGCCAUCGCCGAAGGUUGUAUGAGCGGCAUGAUUCCACAUCUGUCGGAGCUUAUCCCUUAUUUGAUCGGUUGUCUGAGUGACAAAAAGGCUCUUGUACGUGCCAUAACUUGCUGGACGUUGAGCCGUUACGCGCACUGGGUUUGUGCGCAACCUCACGAGACGCAUUUGAAACCUCUGAUGACGGAACUGCUCAAAAGAGUGCUUGACAGCAACAAACGUGUUCAAGAGGCGGCAUGUUCCGCCUUUGCGACUUUGGAGGAAGAAGCGUGUACCGAAUUGGUUCCUUAUCUUGGAUUUAUUCUCGAAACGCUCGUCUUCGCAUUCAGUAAAUAUCAGCAUAAGAAUCUUUUAAUUCUGUACGAUGCCAUUGGCACUCUCGCUGAUUCUGUAGGUCAUCAUCUAAAUAGACCAGAUUACAUUAAUCUCUUGAUGCCGCCUCUCAUUAAUAAGUGGAACGUAUUAAAAGAUGAAGAUAAAGAUCUGUUCCCAUUGCUGGAAUGUCUUUCUUCAAUAGCGACCGCGUUGCGCUCAGGUUUCUUACCCUAUUGUGAACCUGUGUACAGGCGAUGCGUAUCACUUGUGGAACAAACGCUAAAUCAACAUAUAGCGAGCACGCAAAGUCCGGAACAAUUUGAGGCACCUGAUAAAGACUUUAUGAUAGUUGCUUUAGACCUUCUUAGCGGAUUAGCGGAAGGACUGGACGGUCACAUGGAACGUCUAGUGAUGAAUAGCAAUGUUAUGCAACUGUUGUAUCAGUGUAUGCAGGAUACCAUGCCUGAAGUCAGACAGAGUAGCUUUGCUUUACUAGGAGAUCUUACAAAAGCUUGCUUCCAACACGUGCUCCCCUGCAUACCGGAGUUUAUGCCAAUACUUGGACAAAACUUGCAUCCGCAGUUUAUAUCAGUAUGUAACAAUGCGACAUGGGCGAUCGGUGAAAUUUCGAUAAAACUCGGUCCUGACACAAGCGCGUACAUCCCAUUAAUUUUGGCGCAGCUCAUCGAAAUCAUUAAUCGACCGGACACGCCGAAAACACUGUUAGAAAAUACGGCCAUAACGAUCGGUCGCCUAGGUUAUGUGUGUCCCCACGACGUCGCCCCCAUGUUACAGCAGUUUGUCCGACAGUGGUGCACUUCUUUGCGAAGCAUAAGAGAUAACGAAGAGAAGGAUUCUGCCUUCAGAGGUAUGUGUCAAAUGAUCACUGUCAAUCCAGCCGGUGUUGUUCCGGAUUUCAUUUUCUUCUGUGACGCUGUGGCUUCGUGGUCUGCGCCGAAAGAGGAUCUAAAGGAGAUGUUCCAGAAGAUAUUGUUUACUUUCAAAAAUCAAGUAGGUGAGGAGAAUUGGAAACGAUUCUCCGAUCAAUUUCCGCCACAGCUGAGUGAGCGGCUUCACAAUAUGUACGGCGUCUGAACAGCUCCGCCUAAAAGCGAAGGCCGCUUAAUGCAGCAGGCCGAAUGGGGUUGGGCGGGAAACAAGGGGCGUUUGGGACGGGUGGGUGAAACCACGGCCUCUUCUCAUCAACAUCGUUGUCGUUACCGUAUCAUCGUGGUAUGUUACAGUCGUGCUUUUGGGUAAAACAAUCAAAGGUAUGCUGUGUCUUUUAAGCUUUGGCAGCCAGUGUGAGUGGCAAAGAAGGAGAACAAGGAGAAAGAUGUUAACAAGUCGAAGCUAAAAGGCAAGAACCAAGAACGACAAGAGAUAAGCAUUGGCCGAAAAAGUAAAA